CUUAUUCCGGUCAUAUGAUGUGUAACAACAGAAACUGAAGCUCCACGUCUUCAUAUGAGUCACCCUAGCUAAACUAACCCUAACUCUGCUGCAGGUUUAAUCCUUAUGAGCCGAAUCUUUGCCAAUAUUCUUCAAAAGCGACAUGGAGAAAGCCUGUGCUGUCCAAGAGUCAUCAGAAAUAAAGACCAGCAGCUCCACAGCCGACAGAUCUGCUCUCUGCAGCGAUGCCACAGCAGAAACCAAAGAUAGAGAAGAAAACAGCAAACUGUCGCUGAUCUGCUGGAAUGUGGAUGGACUCGAUGGAGAGAAACAGCCGGAGAGAGCGAGAGGUCUCUGCUCUUACUUAAUGUCACACUCUCCUGAUGUAGUGUUUCUUCAGGAGCUCAUCCAACCAUACAUCCGCUUCAUGAAGAAACGUCUGGAGGCCAACUACACGUUCAUUGAAGGUGGUAAUGAGGGUUACUUCAUCGGGAUGAUGUUGAAGAAGUCACGAAUCACACUGCUGCACAGCGAGCUAGUCACCUAUCCAUCCAGUCGGAUGAUGAGGAACCUGAUUGUCGCUCAGGUGCUGUUCAAAGGCCAGAAGCUUUGUCUGAUGACGUCCCAUUUGGAGAGCUGUAAGGCCAAUGCAGGAGAGCGCAUGAGACAGCUGCGACUGGUGAUGAAGAGGAUGACGGAGGCGCCUGAUGAUGUGACCGUCCUGUUUGGAGGAGACACCAACCUGAGAGACUCUGAGGUGGUCAAAGUGGGCCUUCCCAGCUGCGUCUGUGAUGUGUGGGAGCGGCUGGGAGAGCCGGAGGAAUGCCACUACACAUGGGACGCCCACGUCAACACCAACAGGGAUUUUCAGUUCAAGUGUCGCCUCCGCUUCGACCGGCUGUAUCUGCGCCGGGCUGCCAACGAUGACGUCCCGCAGGUGGAACCUGACAGCAUGGCCUUGAUAGGGCUGGAGAAGCUGCAGUGUGGCUGCUACAUCAGUGAUCACUGGGGAAUCUACUGUACGUUCUCCACUGAGUAGAAACGCACAAACAAACUAAAAACCUGUGCAAUCUCAUUUAUAUAUUUGUGCCUCAGACGUUUCCUGUAAAGUGGGGGCGAAAAGGUGUGUUUAGAUAGAUAG